ACUUUCUCGUGCUGGACAGCUCUACUGAGAGCAAAUUCUCUGCCCACGUCGUGUGUCAUCUCCCUAACGGCAUUUUAUUCCCAUCGAACACAUCGAUACGUCCGUUUUGUGCUCGUCUUUCUGAGAAACUUGUUAGACAGCCCACCAGUAAAAAUAUGGAAUACCGAUGCGACAAAGGAAACGGUCCUGUUUGACAGCGCAGUG